CGCUCCGAGGUGUCCCCCCGCGUCCGGGGGCGGCGGGGAAAGCCCGGACGCCCCGCAACCCGCGCGGGUGGACAGGGGGUGCCCCGCACGCGCACCCCUGCACCCCGGCACCCCACCAUGCAGCCUGCCCGAACCGAUCGCUCCUAGACGGUGCCAGCCAAGCCAGCCAGCCAGCCAGCCAUGCUGCCCCUGCUCGCCGCGCUGCUGACAGCCGCCGCCGGCCCGCUGCUGCCUCCGGCUUUGGGGGGGCCGGGGCCGGCGAUCGGGGGCGCCCCGGAUUUCCUCGGGACGGCGCCCAACGCGUCGGGCAAUGCCACCUCCGGGGAGCCCUCCGCCCCGCAGCUGCCCGCUUCGGGGGCGCCGGGAUCGGGGCCCCCCGAGCGGCCGGGACCCCCCGACGAUCGGGCGGCGGCCGGCGCCCCGUGCAACAUCAGCGUGCAGCGGCAGAUGCUGAGCUCGCUGCUGGUGCGCUGGGGCCGCCCGCGGGGCUGGCAGUGCGACCUGCUGCUCUUCUCCACCAACGCGCACGGCCGCGCCUUCUUCGCCGCCGCCUUCCACCGCGUCGGGCCGCCGCUGCUCAUCGAGCACCUGGGGCUGGCGGCGGGGGGCGCGCAGCAGGACCUGAGGCUCUGCGUGGGGUGCGGGUGGUGGGUCCGGGGGCGUCCCGGGGGUCUGCGUCCCGCAUCUCCAGCCUCCGGGGCGCCCACCGCGCUGCCCGCCUAUCCCGCCGCCGCCGCCUCCGCCUCUUCCGAGCCCCCCGGGCCGCUGUGGCUGCAAGGAGAACCGUUGCAUUUCUGCUGCCUGGACUUCAGCCUGGAGGAGCUGCAAGGCGCCGAGCCCGGCUGGCGGCUGAAUCGCAAGCCCAUCGAGUCCACGCUCGUGGCUUGCUUCAUGACCCUGGUGAUCGUGGUGUGGAGCGUGGCCGCCCUCAUCUGGCCCGUGCCCAUCAUCGCCGGCUUCCUGCCCAACGGCAUGGAGCAGCGCCGGACAACCAGCACCGCCGCCGCCAACAGCAGCAGCAACGCCGCUGCAGCCGCCGCCGCUGCCGCCGCCGCCGCCGCCCCCGUCGCCGUGCCCGGGGCCAGCACCACCGCCGCGGCCGCUGCCGCCGCCGCCGCCGCCGCUGCCGCCGCCGCUGUCACCUCGGGGGCGGCCGCCAAGUGA